AUGACUGGUCUCGAUGUCGACAACGAUGUAAUCAUCGAGAUAUUCUGUCUCAUUACGGAUGGUGAUCUCAACCUGUUAGACGAGGAAGGCUGGGGCGCCGUAAUUCACCAGGAGAAGGAGACAAUGGACAAAAUGGACGACUGGUGUACCAAAACCCACGGUGAGAACGGCUUAACAGCAGCUGUGCUCUCUUCAACCACAACCGCCGAGGAAGCUUCCGAAUCACUCCUUGCAUAUGUCAAGAAGUAUGUCCCAAAUCGUCGAACUGCACUCCUUGCUGGCAAUAGUGUCCACGCAGACAAAGCCUUCCUCCGGAAAGAACCGUACAAGAAAGUCAAUGACUACCUCAGCCAUCGCAUACUAGAUGUAAGUACAAUAAAAGAGGCAGCUCGACGCUGGUGUGACAAGGAAGUUGUCAGAGGAAGGCCCGAGAAGAAGCUAUUACACAAAGCCAAGGACGAUAUUCUGGAAAGCAUUGAGGAAGCCAGAUAUUACAAGGAAGCAAUAUUUCAAAAGAAGUAG